CCCAGCGACCUACAGCCAGCGCUGUCCGCCUGCAGGGGGAGGUGGGCUCUGCGUCCUGCGUCUAUGCAGCGCUUGGCGCAGGGCCUGACAGAGACAGGUUUGCUGAAUAAAUGCAGCAAGCAACCAAUGACUGUGUGAGGGACGCCGGGCACGCAGCCCUCAGUCCCGGCAGAGUCGCCCAGACGCAGACGGUCGCCUUUGAGCUGCGGCGAAUCCCCACCCCGGGGAGGAGACGCCAGCCGCUCCGGAGCCGGUCCAGGCCGUGUUUUGGAAGCUGUGUUUACGUCUCCUCCAUUCCCAUCCUCUCAGCUCCAGCACAGGCGGAAUUAUAACCUGAGCCUCCCGCCUCACAAGACUCCCAGAGCUGCCCGCCCGGAGGGACUUCGCCCCCAGGCCUCGGGCUGGCUGUGAAUGACAAAUCGGAAGUCAGGGCUGCAGGACCGCCGGCUCUCCUGCUUCUUUGCAGCAGAGGAAGGAGGCAGAGGAUGAAAGAUUCUGAAAAUAAAGUGUAAAGAUCUUUCACCUCUGUGAUGGUGUCAACUUGGCUGGAUUGAGGAGUUCCUGAAGCACUGGUGCCUCAUCCCCCGACAUGGAGCCCAGUUAUGGGGGAGGCCUUUUUGACAUGGUGAAGGGAGGCGCGGGGAGGCUCUUCAGUAACCUAAAGGACAACUUGAAAGACACCCUGAAGGACACCUCUUCCCGAGUGAUACAGUCUGUAUCCAGCUACACGAAGGGAGAUUUAGACUUCACUUACGUUACCUCCAGAAUUAUUGUCAUGUCCUUUCCCGUGGACAGUGUCGACAUAGGAUUCAGGAAUCAGGUGGACGACAUCCGAAGUUUUUUGGAUUCCAGACAUCUCGACCACUACACAGUCUACAACCUGUCACCCAAGUCUUACCGGACGGCCAAGUUUCACAGCCGGGUCUCAGAGUGCAGCUGGCCCCUCAGGCAGGCCCCCAGCCUGCACAACCUUUUCGCUGUGUGUCGGAAUAUGUACAACUGGCUGCUGCAGAACCCCAAAAACGUCUGUGUGGUCCACUGCUUGGACGGCCGGGCCGCCUCGUCCAUCCUGGUCGGUGCUAUGUUCAUCUUCUGCAAUCUCUACUGCACCCCUGGGCCUGCCAUUCGGUUGCUGUACGCAAAGAGGCCGGGAAUCGGACUGUCGCCGUCCCACCGGAGGUACCUGGGCUACAUGUGUGACCUCCUGGCAGACAAGCCCUACCACCCUCACUUCAAGCCUCUCACCAUGAAGUCCAUCACCGUCAGUCCUGUCCCCUUCUUUAACAAGCAGAGGACUGGAUGUCGCCCUUACUGCGACGUGCUGAUCGGAGAAACCAAAAUAUACUCGACCUGCACAGAGUUUGAGCGAAUGAAAGAAUAUCGUGUCCAAGAUGGAAAAAUCUUCAUUCCCUUGAACAUCACUGUGCAGGGAGACGUGGUUGUGUCCGUGUUCCACCUGAGGUCCACCAUUGGGAGCCGGCUGCAGGCUAAGGUGACCAACACGCAGAUCUUGCAGCUUCAGUUUCACUCUGGAUUCAUCCCCCUGGACACCACAGUUUUAAAGUUCACCAAGCCUGAGUUAGAUGCGUGUGAUGUCCCAGAGAAGUAUCCCCAGCUGUUUCAAGUCACACUGGAUGUGGAGCUCCAGCCGCAGGACAAGGCGGUGGACCUGACCCCGCCGUGGGAGCACUGCUGCACAAAGGACGUCAGUCCCAGCGUGCUCUUCUCCUCUCACCAGGAGCACCAGGACACGCUGGCCUUGGGAGGACAGGCUGCGGUGGACGCGCCCCCCGACACCCCCAGGCACCCCGGCCAAGGCGGCUUCUUCUCAUCUCUCUGUUGGCAAGAUCAGAAGCCGGAGAAGUCCUGCGAGGAGGACCACGCAGCCCUGGUGAACCAGGAGAGCGAGCAGUCGGACGAUGAGCUCCUGACGCUGUCCAGUCCGCACGGCAGCGCCAACGGUGACCGGCAGCACGGGCCCAAGAGGCCCAGCAAGAAGCAGCAGGAGCCCGUGGUGCCCCCGGCCCCAGAGGAGGUGGACCUGCUGGGCCUCGAGGGCUCCGACGUGAGCCAGAGCUUCUCCCCGCAGGCGCCCCCGCCCACCAACACCGAACUGCUCAGUGACCUGGACCUGUUCGGGGGCACAGGUGCCGCUGGCCCAGCCCCGGCCGGACAGUCGGGGGUGGAGGAUGCGUUCCACCCCAGCGGGGCAGCGUCCGCCCAGUCUACACCGCGCCGCAGCGCCUCCAGCUCCGCCUCGCCCACCCUGCGCGUGGGAGAAGGUGCCACCUUUGACCCAUUUGGAGCCCCUGCUAAGCCAUCUGGCCAAGACUUGCUGGGUUCCUUUCUAAGCACAUCCAGUGCUUCCAGUGACCCCUUCCUUCAGCCCACGAGAAGUCCUUCACCUACUGUUCUUGCGUCUAGCACCCCUGCUGUGAGCAUUCAGCCAGAUGUUUUGGGAGGCUGGGACUGGCACGCUAAACCAGGAGGUUUUGGAAUGGGAAGCAAAUCAGCAGCCACCAGCCCGACAGGCUCCUCACAUGGCACCCCGACCCAUCAGAGCAAGCCCCAGACGCUGGACCCUUUUGCCGACCUCGGGACACUAGGCAGCUCUUCAUUUGCUAGCAAACCUACCACACCAACUGGCCUGGGUGGAGGAUUCCCACCUCUCAGCUCACCACAGAAAGCAUCUCCCCAGCCCAUGGGCAGCGGGUGGCAGCAAGGGGGUGGCUACAGCUGGCAGCAGUCACAGUCUAAGCUGCAGCCCAGCAUGCCACACUCCUCGCCCCAGAACCGGCCCAACUACAACGUGAGCUUCUCCUCCGUGCCCGGGAGCCAGAGCGAACGUGGGAAAGGACCCACUAAUUUGGAAGGGAAACAAAAAGCAGCUGACUUUGAAGACCUCCUUUCUAGUCAGGGCUUCAAUGCUCACAAAGACAAGAAGGGACCUCGAACAAUAGCAGAGAUGAGAAAGGAGGAGAUGGCCAAGGAAAUGGAUCCGGAAAAGUUGAAGAUCCUGGAAUGGAUAGAAGGUAAGGAGAGGAAUAUCAGAGCCCUUCUCUCCACGAUGCACACAGUGCUGUGGGCCGGGGAGACAAAGUGGAAACCCGUGGGCAUGGCGGAUCUGGUGACACCAGAGCAGGUGAAGAAGGUGUAUCGGAAGGCCGUGCUGGUGGUGCACCCGGACAAGGGUUCCGAUGUAAUCCUGACCUACAAGAGUAAGAUGGGGCUGAGAGCUACACAAAGGAAAACUUUCCCCUUGGAAGAUCCAACAGUACCUUUAGCCAGGCGACCGGGCAACCCUAUGAACAAUAUGCAAAGAUGAUUUUUAUGGAGCUCAAUGAUGCCUGGUCUGAAUUUGAAAACCAAGGACAAAAGCCCUUGUAUUAACGUGUGAGCUUUUCUAUCUCAGCUGCAGACCUGUGCUAAUGCUUAGUAUGUAUCACAAUUCCGAGGUUUUCACAGACGAACCAAAAACUCCAGUAAUGUAGUUCCAGUACUAAACUGUUAAGUUACUCAUGGAUUAAUUUCUCAUGGUAAGGAGUGUGGAUGUUUGGUUUCUUGAGGUUCCUUCCAGCCAUAAAAGAGCCAAAGUGUGAGAGGAACUUUUGCAGAGUGACCUUGCAGAGGCCAAGAUUCCCGCCUGCCCUCUGGGGAGCCUGCCCAGCGUGUUACCUGCAGGAGAUGGAAAAUUGAGGCCACCAAAGAUGAAGGGGAGUCACCCAUCUCAUUGUUGGUGAAUGACGUUAAGGAGCCCAAGUCCUGAUAAUACGACUGUCUGAUGGUUUUAAAGGAUGGGUUUUCAUUUUCCUUGGUAAGAUAUAAUUUGAGCGAAGGCUUUGCACAGAUCCUAGGAACACAACCACCAAGUAUUUUUUUUAAUCCCUAUGGCCUGUACCACAAUACUGUAUAUGUUUCUUGGUCAAGAGCACCAGUGAGCGAAACUGGAGUGUCAGGAGGGAUUAGGCUGCCACCAGUUCUUCCCGGAUAAACUGUCCCUUAGUGCAGAUGCUGGCUGAGAACAUAGGAACUCCGAAGUGUAGAAAUUACUUGUGGGCAAGAUGUUGGGCUGCUGCCUUCCUUUCCCCUUAGAAAACUGUGGUUGAGGAAAGAAGAAGUCUUACUACCAGAACAACUUCAAACCCAAUUUGAAUGACACUUCGAAUUUUGCCAUAACGCUUAAUGCUCUUUUGCUUUGCCAAGAAAAUGCCCUUAGCUGGGAGUAGGUUGCAGAAGCAGGGGGCCCAGUUGCAAUGCAUCAGGACCCAAGGCUGGUGCAGACUUGGUGUUCUGUAGGUUUAAUGAGCAGCUGUGGCACAAGGCGAUGGAGAGCUGCUCAGAAGGGGUUGUGCCCGGGCGCGCUGCCCACCUUCGGAUGGACUCAGUGGCUCUGUCAGUAUUUGCUUUAAGGGACCAGGUCCCCCUGCCCCUGUGAAUUUGCACCCCUGGAUUUUUGCAGUGGGCUUUACUGUUUUAAAGGGAGUUGGAGGCCCACAUGAAUGACAUUUACACAGGGACCUUUGUGAAAGCGAAGUAAGCAUGAAACUUUUCCAGACCUCAGCCUGGUUGGAUUUUAGUUCCAUGUUUUGGCUGGUUCUCAUUUCGAGAAAAGCAGUUCAUUCUUCCAUAGUCGAUCUGUUAGUGAGCACAUGCUCAGUGUGGAUAAUAUAUAUUAUAUAUUAUAUAUAUGCACAGAGCAGAUGGGCAGGAGAUUUUCAUGCUGAUCUUUAAAGGUUCAUACUCAAUUUGUGAAAAGCUUUCAAAAGUUGUUUUUAAAAGACAAUCACUUUUUGUUUGCUUUAAUUUUCUUGCAGCAAAUUGUAGAAAAGGCGGCAUGUCAAAAAUAUUUUAGGUUCUAUAUAGAGAUCUCUUUCUUUUUUUUUGGCUACAAAGGUUCAUUAUUUAUUUUAUAUUUUACUGACAAUGUGAAAGUUGCAGAAAAUGUUCUCUUUUUAAAUAUACAGCCGAAACUGUUCAAGGUAACCAGAACAAACUAGGUGUUAUUUAUUAACGUAUUAUAAAAUAAUGUUUGACUCAGUGUGUGCUUGUCUUAUUUAAAACUGGAAUGUGAGACAUGUGGCUGUGACCCAUUGUUUCUUUUCCCAUUCCCAUUUGUAGAUACCGUGUGAACUACAGUAUAUAAUGAUAAUUAAAAGGCACUACGUGGAUGUCAUGUACAUUUUGAAACAAUAGAUCUCUAUUAGCUUCGUAUCAUGUUUGAAUAAUUCAUUAAUGUUCACAAUUUAAAAAAGCAUUAAACCCUCUGUAAUUAGCAAUGAGAAAAAAUCUUACUUAACUUAAAUUUGGGGGUUUCCCUCUACUCUUUUCCAGAUACAUUGUCAUUCUGGAACCUUAUUUAUCUUAAGACUCUUAACUUAUGCAGGCCAACAGGUUUUUUUGCAUUCCUUUUACUUACCUGGUUGUGACAGAACUUGGUGUUGAUCAGAUUCACUGUUUCAUUCAUAUUUAUUGUAAUAUAUUUUUUGUUUUGUAAAUAUGUUAUACACAACAAAAUGUGAUUGGUCUAAAAUAUUUGUAAUGUAUAUUAAAAGGCUCAAAAAUA